AUGAUGAGAAUUCCAGCUGCUUUGGUUGUUCUACUGUGUGUUUGGCUGGUUGACAGUGCUGUGUUGAAGUAUCAACUGAGAAAACAGCAGGGUGCUACAACUUUGCACAAUCGAAAAUGGGCCAAAGGAAGUAAGAGUUACUAAUAUUCCAAGAGAAAUUUCUCGAGGCAGGACGCUCGGAUUUCGUUUAAAUUCUGCUCAAACAUUCUGUCUAGAGCACACUUCAAUGCCUGAAAAUUUUAGCUUUUUCUUUAUGGCGAGAGCCGAGAUAUUCGAUCAUCUUUUUGAGUAUGUAAAAUUUUGAGAAAAUUGGAAAAAUUCCAAUUUUCCUAACAAAAAUUGCUCGUUUUCAAUUCAGAAACUGUUUUCAUUGACCGCCUACCGGAAGUUCGAAAAACCCCAAGUUCGACAACCAAAAGUUCGAAUGCCGCAAGUUCGAAUGCCGCAAGUUCGAAUACUAGAAGUUCGAAAAACCUCAAAUUAGAAAAACCAAAAGAUCGAAAACCGGAAGUUCGAAAUAUGAAAAUAUAAAAAAUGCAGAAUGAAAAAAAAAGAAUCGAAUGCGGUGGGUCUCCGAACGCCUACCGCAAGUUCGAAAAACCCCAAGUUUAAAUCUGCCUCACACGCGAUUUUUUUGCCCUGUGAAAAAAAACUGCUGCUCUGCUCGCAAAGCCGUUUUUUUUGGUAUCCAAAAAACGGUUACCCACCGCAAGUUCGAAUCAGCAAGUUCGAAAGCCUAAAGUUCGAAUGACUAAAGUUCGAACGACCUCCAGGGCCCAGUUUAGUAUCGACCUUCAAAUCCUUCAUUUAGUGCAACAUUUGAAUAAAGCCCGAAUUUUGCUCAUUUAUGGGAAAUUUUCAGUCUGGGUGAGGUCGGUUGACUGCUCUCUCAGAGCUCUGAAGAUUUUUCGAUCUUCAGAAAAAAUUGUAAAUACAAAUAAAAAACAAAUGUUAAGUAUACCUGAGGUCAUGAACAACAUCUCCUGGGGGUUCUCUGACAUUUUCAAUAAAUGAACUAUAAUAUUCGACGAAAAAGAGGGUACCACAAUUUCUUAGUGGGCUUUUUGCUCGGGCUUAGAUUACAUUUUCGUGAUUGACAGGAUACAGGCAUAUUAGACACUUUUUAUUUGCAAAAUCAACGCAUUUUUAAGAUGAACUAUGAUGAAUGAAGUUUUAUAUACGUUUGAACUGUAAAGACAGAUAAUCUGAAUGAAAGCGAUUGUGUUAAAUAUCAAGCAUCUCGUAUUUUUCACAUUUAUUACGGUUAUUGUGCCAUUUACGAAUUGUUUCAUAACUUCGCAACUCUUUUUCACCCAAAAUUUAGAUUUUUUAGAUCUCUGAAAGAGCGGUCAACCGACCUCCCUCAGAAUGAAAAUUUCCCAUAAAUGAGCAAAAUUCGGGUUUUAUUCAAAUGUUGCACUAAAGGAAGGAUUUGAAGGUCGAUACUAAACUGGGCCCAGUUCGACAAACCUAAUCCAGUUCGACAAACCCAAACCGAGAAAGACACAGUUGGAUUGGCUCCAUGACGAAUAUUGACCAGGUCGACAUGAAGAACAGCGCGUUCGUUGCCGGUCAGAGUGUUCGGACAACCAACCUCCAUCGUAAAGGAUGAAUGAAUGAUUGAAGAGGAAGUGUAUUUUGCAAAAUAAUUAUAUGCAAAUUAUAAUUUAAAUAUUAAUUAACUUUUUUUUCAUUUUCGAACUUUAGUCAUUCGAACUUUAGGUCAUUCAAAGUUACGGUCAUUCGAAGAUUAGGUAGUUCGAACUGGAGGUCGUUCGAACUUUAGUCAUUCGAACUUUAGGCAUUCGAACUUGCGGAUUCGAACUUGCGGUAUGUCUCCUUUUCUCAUUGUCUCUUCAGGAGUUCUGGAAGACGUGCUUGGCCUCACUGUUGCAAAUCAAAACGAUAUUUGGUACAAAGGGGUCAUUUCUUUGGGGACGCCCCCUCAGAGCUUCGAACUGCAAUUCGACACCGGCUCCAAUCUGCUGUGGGUGCCGGGACAAGGCUGCACGUCCAGCGGCUUCUACGCCAGCAGCUGUAAAAGCGGCGCCACCUACAACCCGUCGGCUUCGUCGACGGCUUCGGAUACGGGAAGACAAUUUUCGGUCAGUUAUGGGACCGGAACAGCGGCCGGGAAAUACUAUACGGACAAGUUCGCCUUCGGCAAUGGCUCUUCAACGCUGCCGUUGAAAAAUCCGGUCACCUUCGGUGUGGGAGAGCAGAUGACUUUCCAGGACGGAGGAAUUCUCGGCUUGUCUUUUGCGACCGACGAAAACACGCCAAUCUUUAUUCAAGGAGUGAAUGAAGGCGUUUUCGACGAGCCAAUUUUCACGGCGUAUUUCCAAGAUUGUGAGGCGGGAACUUGCCCCAAUGGAGGGCAAAUCACGCUGGGUGGGUUUGACAGUAAGAAUUGUGAAAGUGAUUAUCAAUGGAUCCCAUUGACAACUGGCACUCCGUAUUGGCAAUUCGUGGUGAACACACUGAGUGUUGGGAGCUUUAGCGCCUCGAAUUUUAAGGUAAGGGAUAGAAAUACAGUGAGGGACCUGAUCCAGGGGCAAAAAACAUGCCAUUUUGCAUCCGGGAAGCAUCAAAAAUGUGGCAAAAUGCUUCCCUCUCCAAGUGAAAAAACUUCGUUUUGAAAGGCCCUCACAAAAAGAGCGGGCGCGCUUUUAAAAUCGGAGUUUUUUCACUUGGAAAGGGAAGCAUCUUGCCACAUUUUUGAGACCUCCCGGAUGCAAAAUGGUGCUUUUUUUGCCACUGGAUCAGGUCCCCCACUGUAAAAAAUUUGACAAUUUUUAUUAAAAGUCACCGAAUUUCUCAGAAAAUUUCGACUUUUCAGGGUUUCGUGGUGAGAUCAAAAAUCGAAAUAAUCGCUCUCCAAACUGUAGACCCCCAUUUCAGGCAAUUUCCGACACCGGCACCGCUUAUAUUGUCAUUCCAUCGGACAAUAUUCAACAAUUCACCAGCGAAUUGGGCGCCACAUCCAGUGGUGGCGCUUAUUACGUGAAUUGCCAAUCGACCGCCAAGAUCUCGCUCUCGAUAAAUGGCCAGACUUACAGUAUCAACGCGAAAAGUUUGAUGCUUGGAGCGAAGAGUGACAGUGGGAACUGUCAGAUCGCGGUUUCGUCCGGCGAUUUCGGCUUCUGGAUCUUUGGGGAUGCGUUUAUUCGGGAUUAUUGCCAAGUCUAUGAUGUGAAGAAGAAAAGAAUUGCAUUUGCGGCGAUCAAAGGGAGCGGUGGAGGGUCAGGAACACCUGAGCAAGUUCAAGGUGGAGGAAAUGGGCAGAAUGGGCAAUUUGGUCAGAAUGGUGGGAAUCGAGGUCAGAAUGGUGAAAAUCAAAGGCAGAAUCAAAAUGGGCAACUUGGUCAGAAAGGGCAAGUUGGGCAGAAUGGGCAAUUUGGUCAGAAUGGCCAGAAUAAUGGUCAAAAUAAAGGCCAGAAUCGAAAUGGGCAACUUGGGCAGAAUAGUCAAAAUCAAGGACAAGUCCCAAAUGGCUGGGAAUACUUGGGCAAUGGCGUCUACAGAACGGCCGAUGGAUUUUACUACUCGGUCCCGAGGAAUUAA